UGUCGAAUUUGACGUUUGUUGACAGCUGAGCCGCAUCCGUUAUUGGCCCUCUCUUUCUUUUCGUUUCUUUCUUUGACAACUGAAAUUCGUCAAGAUGGUAAACGUACCAAAACAACGUCGCACCUUCUGUAAGAAGUGCAAGUGCCACAAAUUGCACAAAGUCACCCAAUACAAGAAAUCCAAGGAGCGCAAAGGUGCCCAAGGUAGACGUCGUUACGACAGAAAACAACAAGGUUUUGGUGGUCAAACUAAGCCCAUCUUCAGAAAGAAGGCUAAAACUACCAAAAAGAUUGUCUUGCGUAUGGAAUGCACUGAAUGCAAAUAUCGUAAACAAUCUCCCUUGAAGCGUUGCAAACAUUUCGAAUUGGGUGGUGACAAGAAACGCAAGGGUCAAAUGAUCCAGUUCUAAAUGAAUGGACUCGUCUCCAUUUCAUCCUCAACGCAGUACCAUCUAAUUGUAUCAACAUUUUUAGUUGCCCACGACGUUGUUUCUUUACUAAGUGUGUACAUUUAUUUAAGUUGUAUGAAAAUUACAUUUUUGUAAUUUUUACAAACUAAAAAACAGUUUUGGAUAAAAAAAUAUAUAUUGAGAAUACUUUGAAAGUGUUUUCAAGUUAAGAAAAA